AUGGCCGCAUCAACAGCAUCAUCCACGUACCUAGCCUCCCAAACCGCUUCCUUAGAAUCACAAGCCCCCGUUUCUCCCUCUCAAGCCCGCGCCGCCCAAAUCCCCCUGAAAGACUUCAACCUUCCCACCUUCCCCGCCGAAUCCUUCGCCGCAGCCCAAGCUCUCACGACGCUCAUCCUAACCUCGGACAUCAAACUCGACGACUACACACCCACGCUCACGCAGCCCUUCUCCGUCCCAACCCUCCCGCCCUCCAUCACGACCCUCACGCUCGAGCUCUUCAGCCUCGGCUACCCACCCGGCUUCCUGCAAGCCCUCGGCGAAGCCCUGCCGAACCUGAAAUCCCUCACGCUGUACUCCCAGCUGUUUGCCGGCACGACGCAGGACUCGCAGGACGAUGCCGUGGCGUUUAUCCAGGGGGCCACGGGCCUGAGGGAGCUGCAUGUCCUGGAUGUGUUUGCGCCGCCGGGAGUGUUUACGCGGAUUGCGGGGGCAUUGGCGCCGGGGCUGGCGUUCUUGGAGCUGUGCUAUACGUAUCGGCAUUCGGACGCUGCAGGGUUCCUGGGGACGCUGCCUGUGAAGGAGGUAGGGGAGCUGGUGAGGGAGGGGUUGGUGGCUCUUACGGUGGGGAUUGGGGCGCCGGAUGCGGGGGCGGUGGAGGAGGUAGAUGAGGAGGAUGUGGAGGGGACGGAGGUGGGUGUUCGGCUUGUUGGGGGGGAGGAGCGAGGGGUGCGGUGA